AUGCUUGAUAAUCAAUUCAGACUUUGUAUGCUUACUGGUGAUAACUUCGCCGAUUGGAGAGAGAAAGCUCUUCUUACCCUGGGGUGUAUGGACCUCGAUUUGGCAAUCCGUGUAGAUGAGCCUGCAGCUCUCACAGACUUCAGUACACUAGAAGAGAAGGCUCAAUAUGAACGCUGGGAACGGUCUAACCAUCUCAGUCUGAUGCUUAUCAAAGCAAAUGUAAGCAAAAGCAUCAGAGACUCAAUACUUGAUAAUGGGAAUGUCAAGGACUACCUAAAGGCUAUUGAAGACCAGUUCGUGAGCUCUGAGAAGGCCCUAGAAAGCACUUUGAUGGGACAACUUUAUUCUCUGAAAUACAGUGGAGGCAAAGGAGUGCGUGAGCACAUAAUGAGGAUGUGA